AUGAAGCCUCUAUUCUUGAUGCUUGCCAUUCUUCUGGCCAUUGAACCGGUGAUGUCAGUAUCCUGUUGGAUGAAUGGACAAUGCCGGUUGGUGUGCAAAAAUGAUGAAGAGAACGUCAUACGCUGCUCAAAUCGUAAACGGUGCUGUGUCCUUAGCCGUUACUUAACAAUCGAACCAGUAACAAUCGAUGGAAUACUCCCCUGGACCACUCCUCGGCCUACUAGACAAGUAAACAUCGCAUCCUUCGAUGCAUGGGUGACAAGGGAACCUGCAGACCUUCUUGCAAAAGGACUGAACAUUCCUACCUCUAUUGCAGAAAUUAUCAACCAUGCUGCCUCCAGUCCUACAUGA